AUGGCAUCCUCCUCUACUCAACCUGAGCCCACAGCCCAAAACCCAACGAGCAACGGCACAACCAACGGCACAAGCCACGAGAGCGCGGGUACAUCCGACGGAAACAACGAAAACGGCGUGCGCUGGAGCAGCGAGCUGGUGCAAGACCUCAAUGACAUGAUGGCAAAGAUGAACCUCAUGAAAACAAAUCUGCUCAAAAUCCAAGACGAUGUUGCCCUUCUUCGAAAGUCCUUCGCGGACGUCCAGCAGACCCUCGAACGCCUCAGGGAUCUUGUACCCAAAGAGCCCGUUCCUUCCUCUGACACCUCCACAUAA